AUUUGAGGCAACCCAAAAUCCAAAAAACAAAAAGAUGAAGUUUGGGAAGGAAUUUGCAUCCCAAAUGGUUCCAGAAUGGCAAUACGCAUACAUGGACUACAACUAUCUCAAGAUUCUUCUCAAAGAGAUCAAACGAUUCAAGCAAAGAACUAAUAACAAGCCUCUGGUCUCCACCCCGGUCGGCCUAAAGCGGAAGCUAACCUUUUACAGAGCUUUCAGUGGCCUAAUCCAGAGACACAUCAAGAGUCCCAACAGCGCCGGUGGAGACAUUGAAGAUCAAGUGAUACUAGUAAGAGCCAUGCAGCAGCAGCAGCAGAGUAGUGUGGAUUCGUCGGAUUCAUCAUCAUCAUCUCAUCAUCAUGUCCAUUAUCAGUCAAAUUUUCUUAUGUCGGCGGAGGCAGGUGGAGAGUACGAGUUGUUUUACUUCAGGAGGCUUGACGAUGAGCUGAACAAGGUUAACAAGUUCUAUAGAGAUAAGGUCGAUGAGGUUCUUAAAGAGGCUGUAGAGUUGAAUAAGCAAAUGGAUGCUUUGAUUGCGUUUCGGAUUAAGGCUGAGAAUCCCAACAUCGACGACGGCGUUUUCCAGAAUUUCGAUCGAAACGUUGAGAUGAGUCGCCUUGUUUCUGACAUCGCUGCCUCUACUGCCGCAUUGAAUGCCUCAACUCCCUCCCGUGCAAAAUCAACGAAAGGAUACAUGGGCGUAAUAGAAGAAGUUGAACUGAGCAACAGAAAUGAUGCAGAAGGGUACAUGGAUGUAAUAGAAGAAUUUUUACUGAACAACGGAGAGAAUUCGGAUGGCACAAGUGCAAUCAUAGAUAUCAAUGAGCACAAAACUACCAGCUCUACUGUUUGUGAAGAGAGGCCAGACAGCAUCAAGGGCUCCAGACCAACCCCUUUACAAGUCCUUAACCGUGUGAAGCUCAACAACACACUUGAGACUCCCUGCUCCACUAUUAAAGGCAUUCUUAACAUCUCCAUGAACAGAAAACUGAGCCUGAAGGACUUGAAGAAAGUUGAGGGACAAUUAAAGCGGACAUUCAUCGAAUUUUAUCAGAAGCUUCGACUUCUUAAGAGCUACAGCUUUUUGAAUCUCUUGGCAUUCUCAAAGAUCAUGAAGAAAUAUGACAAGAUCACUUCAAGAAGUGCAGCAAAGGCUUACCUAAACAUGGUUGAUGACUCCUAUCUUGGCAGCUCCGAUGAGGUCACUAGGCUCAUGGAGAGAGUGGAAGCUACCUUCAUCAAGCACUUCUCAAACUCAAACCGCCGUAAGGGCAUAAACAUCUUGAGACCAAAAGCAAAGAGAGAAAGACAUAGAAUAACAUUUUUCAUUGGCUUAUUAGUUGGUGGUACCACAGCUUUACUAUUGGCCCUUAUUUUGAUUAUACAUGCAAGACAUAUACUGAACAAGAAAGGGAGUACCCAGUACAUGGAAACCAUGUUUCCACUAUACAGUUUGUUUGGAUUCGUCGUCCUACAUAUGGUCAUGUAUGGUAUGAAUAUAUACUUUUGGAGGCGCUACCGAGUCAAUCAUCCCUUCAUAUUUGGAUUCAAACAAGGAACCGAAUUGGGGUACCGAGAAGUCUUCCUCCUCAGCUCAGGUCUUGCAGUACUUGCAUUUGCCAGUGUCCUAGCAAACCUAGACAUGGAGAUGGAUCUGAUAACAAAAGACUUCAAGGCACUCACUGAACUAAUCCCUCUGGGAUUAGUUUGUCUAGUACUUGCCAUAACAUUUUGCCCAUUUGACAUUAUAUAUCGUUCGAGUCGCUUCUUCCUACUCCGAUGUGCUCUCCACUGUAUCAGUUCCCCUCUCUACAAGGUUACACUCGCAGAUUUUUUCCUAGCAGACCAGCUAACUAGCCAGGUCCAAGCCUUUAGAAGUUUGGAGUUCUACAUCUGCUAUUAUGGUUGGGGAGACUACAAACUCAGAACAAACAACUGCAAAGAUAAUGAUGUCUACAAAACUUUCUUUUAUAUAGUUGCUGUAAUUCCUUUCUGGUUCCGCUUCCUUCAGUGCAUCCGACGGUUGUUCGAAGAGAAAGACCCAAUGCAAGGAUACAAUGGGCUGAAAUACUUCUCGAUCAUUUUGUCCAUUGUUAUGAGGACAGCUUACAGUUUGAAUAAAGGAUUGGUUUGGCAGGUGUUAGCCUGGAUCACCUCAGCCAUUGCAGGAAUUGUAAGCACCUAUUGGGACAUUGUUUUCGACUGGGGGCUUCUACAACGUAACUCAAAGAAUCGAUGGUUGAGAGACAAGCUUCUUAUCUCUCACAAAAGCAUAUAUUUCGGAGCCAUAAUCUUGGAUGUUCUACUCAGAUUUGCCUGGCUGCAAACUGUUUUGAACUUUGAAGUAUCUUUCCUACAUAGAGAAGCCAUGAUUACGGUAGUCGCAAGCCUAGAAAUUAUUCGUCGUGGCAUUUGGAAUUUCUUCAGGUUGGAGAAUGAACACCUGAACAAUGUUGGGAAAUAUCGUGCCUUCAAGUCCGUACCUCUCCCAUUUAAUUGUGAUGAGGAUGAAGGCGAAGACGAAUAAGGACGAACCACAAUCCACAAAGACAAAAGAGCAUGCCAGAACAAUCAAUUCCAGCAGAAGAAUCAGAUUAAAGCAGCUGUAGGAACUAAUAUAAACCAA